AUGGCAUCAAUCAACAGAGCAGCAAACUCCCUACGUAUAGCCUCUCGACCAGCUUUCUCCCGACGCACGCAAGUUGUGCUCCAGCAGCGCAACGAGUCUUCCCUGCCUAACAAGGUCGGGACAACCGAGGAGAGGAGACCACCAACAUCCUCAUCAGAGCCACCGGCCGAGAGAGCAGGAAGACCUUCGACAUGGCAGAUGGUGAGGAAGGAGGGUCCAGGUGAAGGACAGGCGAGACAUCCGGAUUACAGCGUGCAGGCAGACUACAGGACAUCCUCAUUCUCGCCAGUACCGAUGCGUGUCAUGGAUGGCAGUGAGGAAGGUCUGAACACACCAGCUGCAGUGCUCUCUGGAGCACCUAUCGACUUGCAAGCACGCACAGUCCGCAUCUACCGCCCAGCCAAAACCGCCACACAAUCCGGCAACUGGCACAGCCACCAGUGGCGCAUGGACUGGGACGUCCUAAGCAAAGGCCACCGCUGGGAGAACCCACUCAUGGGCUGGCAAUCCUCCGGCGACUUCAUGCAAGGCACGCACUUGAACUUUGCGAGCAAGGAGGAUGCGGUCAACUUUGCGAAUAAGCAGGGUUAUGAGUAUUUUGUCCAGGAGCCCAAUGAGAGGAGGAUUAUCCCCAAGGCGUAUGCGACGCAGUUUGUGCAUAGUCCUGGGAAGCUUAAGCAGGUGAGGACGAAGUAG